CAUGUUUCCUUUGUGUGCAUUUUUUUUUUUUGGCUCAUAACGACUCAGGAAGCUAAGGAUGUUAGCUUAGCCUUUUAGCUGGAAACAGACGCCACGCAGUGAGUUUCAGGUCGACCAGGCUGCUCUGGGUCAGAGUGUUUCUGGAGGAAAAACGGAGAGAAAAAAAUGUCUAAAGUCCAAAUGCUGAGAUUUUUCGUCAACCAGAGACUGACCGCGGCGGCUGAAGAGAUAUUUGAGCUUUUUGAAAGGACGACAGCAGAGUACGAGGAGGAACUCUGUCGUUUAAGAGAGAAACACGGACACAAUGAACAACCGGACUCUGAAGUCGAGCUACACAGAACAGACAUCCAGCAGCUGAUGGUGAGAAAGGGAGAGGUUCCCUCUGAGCAGCAGGAGAGGAGCUCCAGUCUGAACCAGGAGGACCAAACAGAGCCGCCGAAUAUUAAAGAGGAAAUGUGGACUGAUGAGGAGGGAGAGCAACUUCAAGAGCCGUGGGACACUGAUAUCAUCAAGUUCACAUUCACUCCUGUCCCUGUGAAGAGUGAAGAUGAUGACAAGAAACCUCAGUCCUCAGAGCGUCAUGAAGAUCAAACUGAAGAGAGCAGAGACACACAGCAUUUGAAAACAGCUGAUGGAGAGGACUGUGAAGGAUCAGAACCAGCAAGGAACCUAAAUCUAGACAGAUAUUUAACACCAGCUUCUCAACAUAUAAUUUCAAACUCCACUGAAUCUGAAAUGUAUGACAGAUGUUUUGAUAGGGUGGUUACCACUAUCCCUCUGUCAGGUUUAAACUGUUUGCAAGCUGUUGAAGAACCUGUAAGUGAACUGGAAUGUAAAACUGGGAAAACAUCAAUUAACUCUUCUGAAUGUGUUUUAAGCUUUGGACCAAAUGGAAAACAGCGCGAACAGAGCAGAAUCCAAACCGAAGUGAAACCAUUCCGUUGCUCAAUUUGUGGUAAAAGAUUCUCUGACAAGGCCUCCCUAAUAAAUCAUGUGAGCAUUCAUUCAGAACAAAAACGUUUCAGCUGCUCCGUUUGUAAAAAAAAGUUUCAUUGGAAAAAAGACAUUUUGACACACAUGAGAACCCAUACAGGAGAGAAACCCUACAGCUGCUCUUACUGUGGCUCAGGGUUUACACAGAGCUCCCAUUUGGUCGCACACUUAAAGGUCCAUACAGGAGAAAAACCUUUCACCUGCUUAGUUUGUAGUGCAAGUUUCAGUAUCAAAAAAAGUUUGGUCGAGCACAUGAGAAUCCACACGGGAGAGAAACCAUUCGACUGUUCGGUUUGUGGUAAAAGAUUUGCACAAAAGGGACAUAUGAGACGACACUUGACUGUUCACACGGGAGAGAGACCAUUUAUCUGUUCGGUUUGUGGGAAAGGAUUUACACAGAAUGUAAGUCUGAAAAAUCACCUGACUGUCCACACGGGGGAGAAACCGUUUAAAUGCAACUUGUGUGACAAAACAUUCACUCGGCUGGAGUACGUCAAGAAACACAACGUCAAGAAACACAAGUGUGUCGGUGAGAGCAGCAGAAAUAACCAAAGCUGUAGAGAUGAUUGUUGAGCCGUUUUGUUUCAAAAGUGAUCGAAACAGUGAGCGCAAAACUUAACUCCACCUUCAUCAGUUUGUUGUGCCUUCUUAUUUUUCAGCUGCGUGGUCUUUUCUGUUUCAGGCACAAUCCUUUUGGCCUUACAUGUUCUCUGAUUUAAUAUUCAUUUAAAUUGUGUAAAACUAUUUUACAUCAACUUAUGUCUACAUUUGUUUUACAAUGUUAUGUGUAUGAAACGGUUUACUAAACACUUUAUAAAACAAGGUUAAAUAAAAUGGACUCUCCUGGACUCAAAUUCAA